AUGGGCUCUUCAUCAUCAACAUCCAACGAUCCCAAUAGUCUGGGCAACGCCUAUCGUGACCAGGGCAGACUACCCGAAGCAGAAACAAUGUACAUACAGGCACUGGCCCGGAGAGAGAAGGAACUAGGAGCAGAACACUCCUUGACCCUCGACACCGUCAACAACCUCGGAGUCAUCUAUUGUAAACAGGGCAAGCUAGACCAGGCAUUGCUGAUGUAUAUGCGCGCGCUAGCUGGAAGGACGAACACCCUAGGAGCACAUCACUUCCUCACCCUCGAGACUAUCACCAACGUUGGGAUACUCUAUUGCAUGCAAGGAAGAAUAGGCGAGUCAGAGCACAUCUUCAAGGAACUACUAGCUAUCAGAGAGGAGUCGCUAGGAGCACAUCACAUCCUCACCCUCGAUACUUUGCAGAAUCUCGGAAAUGUAUAUUAUGCUCAACGGAAGCUGGAAGAGGCGCGGCAUUUGUAUAUACGGGCGCUAGUUGGGAAAGAGAAGGUACUGGGGCCGAAUCAUGUCUCCACCCUCGACACUGUCUUCAACCUCGCAAAUGUCUAUUGUGACCAACGCAAGUAUGAACAGGCGGAGCCAAUGUAUUUACGGGCGCUAACUGGGUCUGGGGAGUUGCUCGGACCAAAGCAUCCUUCAACCGUCGAGACAGUCAAGAAGCUUAUGAGCGUGUAUCGCUUUCAGGGAAGGCCAGACAAGGCAAAGCAGUUGGAGCAGAACUGGCUUCACGUGUGA